UGUGUGUGUUUAUAAUACAAUACGCUACUUUUGAAUGACGGUCAAAACCUCCGUAACCGGACCGGAAGAUGGUUCGGUUGCGAUCGUUAGGCCGGCACACCGCAAGGCGUUACGUUAACCGUGACUGUCUGCAUUUCGCCUAUUCGUGUUUGCACAGACGGUUGAGCAAAAUAGCCGUUUCAAGGCGCUUGAAACUCGGGCUAUGGAAACAAAAGCUCGGGCAAAGAUCGUGUGGAGCUAGCAUCGAAUUUGCCUGUAGCUGUUCGGUCGCUACGAACUAUCGAAAGUGCAGAGUGCGAAGCGUAAGUGGCUUAACCUUCGCUAAUCCACUUUCACCGCACGCUCGGGCAGAAAAAAUGGGCAACGCAAUGCAUGGAAAGGAGACCGGACGAAACAGAAAGCAAACCGAACGGAACGGAACGGAUGAGGCAACGAAAUAAAACCGGGCCAAACAUAAUCAGUUCGGUUCGUGCAGCGAAGAACGCUUCUCUCUGCGUGUUGGUAAUGGUAACACCGGGGUACGGUUUGGCGCAUACUGGUUUCUUCGGAGUGGGGAGUUUGAUGGUAUGGUGGCCGCUACCGCCGUUCGUUCCUCCACAACUCUACGUUGCCAUCCGGUGCCGCCUGUUUGGCGGCGGUGCGUGUGCGCGUAUUCUCGCGGCAAUGUGUCACUCUCAUUGUGAUGCGACUUUCGCUUUCAUCAGCUCGCUUCCCAGCCCCCGAUGUUGAGCAGCGUUUGUAGUGUGCGAUACGCACGCACCGUGGGGAUCACCGGUGAAAGAUCGUCGAUCAGACACGAUUGCAUAAGCCAUGGCGGCUACACGUAAUCGACAACGUCUGGCAUUUCGGAGACCACGCAACCGACAGAUGUGGGUGAAAUUGGGUUGUUGUUGGUACUUUCACUCGGACGGAUAUUGGUUGUUUCGCUCAAUAGGUGCUGAUCGAUAUGUCUAGGGGACGCAAACAUUAUACCGUACAUUGGAGAUGGAGAAUAAGUGAAGUUUUCUGUAAUCGAGGUAAUAUGAACAGGUUGGAAACAUUUACAAAACCAAAUUGUCUGGGAUAAAAUUUCUGAGAAGUUGAGGCAAAAAAUGCAUUACACUCAGAUGUAUGAGUCGUACUUUUUAAGCUUGAACUACACCAGUGCUUAGUAGCAGUCAAUCAGUGAAAUAUACGAGGAGUAAAAUAUGUACAUAGUUUUGGUUGUCGUUUCGAGUGUAUUGGUUUCUAGCUGUAUCGCGGUGGGCUUUCACAUUACAACACAUCGUUACCAAAUCAAAAGCAAAUUCGUAGCACUGCUAAUUUGAAAACUAACAACAUCGACCUUGCCUACCUAACAUCCAGUCAGCUAGCAAUAUGGCGGACAGCAGUGGUGGUGGUUUCAGUAGUUCUCGAAGUAGCAGUAGUUGGUAGUACUGCUAGAGAAAGUAUUAUACUUGCGCGAAAUCGUGGAUGAUAUGAAGCAAUGAAAAUGUAGGGAAAGAAUGGUAUGGACAGUUUGAUAGAGAUAGGAAUAACCAUAUGGUUAUUUGUUCCCGCAUCUCCGUAUCGUAUCCAUCGAAAUGCCAUAGCCGCUAAUGGAAACACCAAUACGAACGGCGGACGCGUGACAAUACGGGCACGCACGCAAAGUGUCGCAAGAAGCUAUGUAUGUGGCUGAUCCAAUGUCAUAGCCGAACAUCCGGAGAUACCAGCUGCGAUCGCAACCGCGACCGUGCGUGCGUGCGUUCGACCUAGGCAUGUGUGAGAGUUUGAUCGCGUACGACGGCGACACAUAUUCGGGGUUACCUAUGUCUAUAUUCUUCCAUAGUAAAGCGCUUCGAUUCGUAUUGAAACGCUGACCAAAAUUUCGUCGCAUGUCCCUGCGCGUGUAUAAGUGACGCUUCGAAAAACAAUCACGGACGCUCAGGCCCUUCAGCAACCGUUCCGAAGUGUGCUGCCCGAUGGCAUCGUUCUCUAAUGCCGCGUCGCUGUUUUUCGGUGACACACUAACGCAUGGUAAUACCGUGUAACGUUUCGAAUGACAUCGGUAGUGCGAAAGCCGCUCACCGCCAGCCAGAUGCAAAAUAGACAUCAAUACCCGUCGCUUCACCCUUCUCAACCUUCUCAACCCAAGACCAAACCCUGCCACUAGGAAGGAUUAUCACAUUCCCAUCAAACGUAGCGACAACAUUAGUGUAUCAAAGACGAGAAUCCAAAGAUAGCGUGGAAACUACAAAUAUUAGCAACAGUAGUAGUAGCAAUAGUAGUCGUAGUAGUAGUGGUGGUAAGCAGUCUGCCUGCAAACGACAUUCCAUUACAAAAUAGUUUUUUUGGUGCAACGCUUACGGUUGCACUAAUCAUAUACUACAGUAGAAAUUUCAAUUCACGCACGUGGGGGUGUUCCCGGAGGAGCACCAUUGAAUAUUCCACAUUUCUACGUUGUGACCGGAGUAAGAAAAGCAGUGUUUAAAUGCUUGGAGUUAGAAUGCUGAUGCUGCACUAUAGCAAACACGGCGAGUGCAUACUCCAGGAAAUUGGUGCAGCAUUUCGCGGAGAGCAUGCGACAGAUCUGCUACUCAUCUGUGAUGGCAAGGAGACUGUGCGAGCACACAAGUUGGUACUGGCGGCUGCCAGUCCACUCAUACGAAUGAUUUUGGAAGAGACUCCGAUGCUGGAGGGCGAAACCACCGUUUACUUCCCGGAUGUGCAGGUGUGUUACUUCCGGCUGCUGCUCGACUUCCUGUACUCCGGGCAAGUGUACGUGCCCGCAAACGAGGUGCACCACCUGCAAGAUCUCUUAGCGUUACUACAAAUUAAGCCCAGCAUCUGGAAAAACUCCGACUGCUCCAACGACAGUGAAUCGCAAAAGUCAGAACCCUUGGUAGAUAUCAACCGGAAUGAGGGUAUCGGAGCACUGGAUCAUCGUCGGAGGCGCACAAAGAGUCAGGAUCAUUCGGGUUCGCGCGACGCCAGUCCAGCCAGCCGAAGGAUAAACGUUAAACGAGAGCACCAUUCUGCGGGCAGCUCGGAGGAUGGUGGUGACCGUGAGGAUACCGAUUACAUGGACGAGGUCGAUGAAGCGAUCAUCAAGAGCAACAACAACUUGCAGCAAAUCAAUCGGCACGAUGAAGAUGACGGUGGCGGAAGUGCAACCGGUGGGGGUGGGAUUGGUAUCGCGGGCGACGAAGCGGGCAGUACUGCCGGGGAGGCAAGGAGUGAAUCGAGCAGCAGUCGUGGGGGUGAUGUGACGGUUGAAGCUUCCCGCUCGUCGAACGUCGAUCGGCGAACUCCCUCGGCAAGGCACAGCGGUGAAGGCAGUGGCUGUGAUCCCGAUCCGGAAGACGACGAAGAUUUUGAGCUGGACGUGGAAGACCGCGACAUGAUGGACGAUGGGGCGCGCGCUGAGGCGAUCAGUCGAACGCCCAACAGUGCCGGUGGCAGUGAUACGUUGCGCAGUCGAAGACGCAGCUCGUCCGAUCCCGUCAAUCUGUCCAUCGUAAAGCAGCAGCAGCAGCAGCAGCAGCAACAGGAUGGAGAUUCAGAUGACGCAAACAUCGAUGUCGAAACGAUAGGCAAUGCACCGACGAAGAAUCUGCUUCCUCCUCGAUACUUGGAUCCGUUUCGUACCAAGCGGAAAGCGUACUACAUACAUUCCGAUGCCGAAUCGCUGAAGCCACUCGAGCACGAACUGCUGCACGGCUCGCCGGACAACUAUGUCGUGACUCCGCACCGGAAGCGACGGCCCGGAUUUCACAACUCGCCGGCACAGAAUCCACCCUUCGUGCCCAGCUAUUUGGAGGAUAUUCGGACACGCAAGUGCUUCCUCUCUGCACCGCCGACGUAUUUGCCAGAUGCACGACCCGGUUCACCUGGUACCCCUCGGCCCACCGACAUUGCGGCGCUCGGUAACAACCAUUCGUCCAGCAAUAACAACAACAACAACAACAACACAAGCAGCAACAACAACAAUCGGAUACGUCCGCCCAGCGCGGACAACAAGCUUGCGGUUGCGCCGUUCGUCUAUCCUUGGCCGUCCGCUGCACUGGCAGCAUUGCCUGGUGGGCCGGCGGAUUUGCUGGCGGUGCCGUAUCUGCAUGCGGCCAGUGCCAACACGGACACCAAACCUGCCGAGCUGAUCCAGCAGAUGAAAAACUUUGAAAGCAGCCAGGCCGAAGCAGUACUCAGUGCUCGUUUGGGCGGUGGGGGUAGCGCAUGCGGUGGCAGUGGGGCUAGUGCGGCCAGUAGCCUCACCGGUACCGGUUCCGGUUCCACUGCCAGUGGUGGCGGUGGAACGGUAGGAGGCGGGCUGAGCAGUGGCAACACGCCAGUGCGCGAGUAUCGUUGCGAGUACUGUGGCAAACAGUUUGGCAUGUCCUGGAACCUAAAAACGCAUCUGCGGGUGCACACGGGCGAAAAACCGUUUGCAUGUCGGCUGUGCGUGGCAAUGUUUAAGCAAAAGGCGCAUCUGCUAAAGCACCUUUGCUCGGUGCAUCGGAACAUCAUCAACUCACCGGAAGCGGGCGGACGGUAUACCUGCUGCUUCUGUACACUGUACUUCGAGACGCUGCAGGAGCUGGUCCGCCAUCUUUCCGGGCAUCAUAACAACCUGCUGCUGAGUAAAAAUCUGCACGAAUGAUACGCAAUGCCACCGGUGGUGAUGGCACUUUCCGGCUCCGAUCGCAUCAACCAUCACACUACGAUCGAUCAUCGGGCACCGAUCGCCAAUUACGAGCAGAGCUAUCUGCGACGUUACUUUCAGCGUCACCAUCGGUUCGAACUGUACGCGUCACUGUAGCUCCUUGCCGUAUUGAACUCAUCGGUCACACUCGAAGGCGAGGGUUUAACGAACGUUGUUGAUGCGACAUUCGGUCAACGUACGGAAAGGUGAUCUUAUCGAAGCAAUAUGAAAGCAACGGAAGAGGAGAAAAAACAGUUCACGGCUCGUCCGUGUACAUACUUACAAUGCACCUUUCCUUCUUCUGCAGAGGUAUACUGAACAAAAAACCACAAAUACUUCGUCAAUUCAUUCCACUAAAGAGAGAAGAGCGAUAAUAGCAGAUUAGUGAGCAGAAGUGACAGUAGUAAUGGUAGUCGCUACCAUCCCGCUCGAACGCAUCGAUACUUAGCAAAAGUUUGCGAGUUUUGCCUUGAUUUUCCACAGGAAGAUUGAACAUUUCAAAACUCGAAAGCUGCUUGUUAGUCAGAACCGCGUGCGAAAUAACCCCCUUCACGAAGGUGAGCAGAUUUGUAGCUGUACUGUUUGGUGAGUGUAAAUGUAACAAUGACGAGUUAGUAGUAGCAAGAGUUGCCAAACUGCAGCCACCACGUGAGCCGAAUGUGAGCGGCGUACCUACCGACCGACUGUUUGGGAUACUAGUGUAUACGCCUCAACUGCACUUGAUUGAGCAGUGAAUUAGAACAACCUUUCGAAACCAUAGAACACACACGACGGGAUACGAUGGUUAUAGUACUAAAGCAAACAAAAAUAUUCCACAUCUUGUACAUUUCACAGCCCCUUUAUCUCCUUUCCAUCAUCACUCCAUGAUGAUGGCAUCGUGCCAACUAUUUCACUUCCCAAGCGUCCGGUUUAAAGGAGGUACCGUACCUCGUAGCAAACUCCUCUACUUUGCUUUUCUCUUCUGGUGUUGCUUUUUCUAUUGUUUUGUGCAGAUUAAUUGAUGAUUUGAAUUAAACAAAAAAAGCAACAAUAUAAUAUUCAGCACCAUAAUAUCAUCCUAUAUGUUGGUGCACAAACACAAACGUUGUACUUACAGAGUUGGAAGAUACUCCCAAAAGCACAAAUGAACCCUCUCUUCAAGACCCAAAGCACCAAGCCGAGCCUUUUACACAGGGUUCUUUGCCGUACAAAGGAGCAGGUCUCGUAAAUAUCUUUGUACCAGCAAAAGCAUGUUGAUCGCAUGCCAUUCUAUGUGUAAUACUCAUCCCGCCUUUUCGUGUGCUUUUUGGAGCACAAAGCUGUCCAGGACGGUUGAAGGACGUUUAAAAAUUUUAUUAUAAACUUAAAGUUUUUUUAGGUGAAAAAAUCACCACCAGUUUGUUUGUUUAUUUUUGUUUUGUCGUUCCAAUCGCACAAAGAUGGUGCGUACAUUAUUAUUUUGAACUUUCAAUGCGCUUGUUAAAUGGUUAAUGUGUUCUUUUGCCCAUCGCCAACAGUGUGAUGGUUGGCAAACAAAAAAUUACAACACGAUUUGAAUUAAAAUGCCGCAAACUGUGAACACACCGCGUAUAAAGUAAAUACGGUAGCACUAUGCUGUAAAACAUGAAUUAAGAAAGCAAGAAAAGAAAAACAAACAAACAAACAAAAAGCAAACCACAACAAUACUUAAUACAAUACGCGUAAUUUGUUAGUAGCUUACUAUUCAAACACACUCAUGUGUGGGAAGAAUGUGCGUGUGUGAUUUGUGUGAAGGGAAGGCGUUGAAACGAUUUGUUAUUAGCAAACAGAUGGUACAAAUUAUAAGUAUAGUGCAAGUAGUAAGAAACUUCUAAAUGGCUAGCGAAUUCGGCAAUAAUAAAACAAACAAAAAAUGUGAACAGCAUUGUGUGUUAUUAUAAUAAUCUACGAGCACGUUGUUACUCGGCCCGUGUAACUGUAAACAUAAUACUAAUCGGGCCGUUGUAGCGUUUCUCAACCUGCAGUGCUGUUCCACAUUUCAAACACUUACUUCCAUUCCGUAACUAGUACUAGUAAACAAUCUAAAUGUAUAAUUAACACUUAAAGAUAUGCUUGUGUGUGCAUAUGUCUCACACAAAGCACAGCAACACACACACACACACACACGCAUAAGCACGACCCUCCGUUUCUUAGGCACACUCUGAAAGAGACAAUGCAAGCAUCCACUAGAUCCCGGUAAUCUUACAUUGCUCCUGCAGAUGGGAGUAAAAGCUGGAGCAGGGAUGUGUUGCAAAGAUAUCGUACAAGUGUGCAUGUGUGCUUGUGUGUACUGUUCAUAUUAUGUUAAGCUUUCAUCGUUAUUACCCUUUUCCCCAUUCCCGUAACGGCAUCAGUCAGUCACAGUUUUGCACAAAUUUUAACCGCGAGUUCUCCAAGAUGUGCUCCAAGUACUAGGUGUUAGGUUGUAAAAUAGUAGCUAAUAGUAUGAUUUUCACCCACUAUCAUCUCUACUUCCGGCAAGAGCACAACGUUUUGAACAAGUUUUGAUAGUUCAUAAAAAGACACAAAAGAAUGUUGGAAGGCCAUGAUGCUGUUGCGAUAGGUUCAUCAGUAAAGGAGUAUAAGCGUGUCGUUGCGUCGCAAUCCCCUGUGACCCUGCACACAGUGCGCGCUGUUUUCCUUGUUAUAUUUUAUUUAAAAAAACCGUUUUGUUUGUUUUUUUUACCUUACUUCACUCAAGCACUCAGACACUCACCAUACACAUGAUCUAUUGUAGUAAGGACAAUAAUUUAUAAACCAACGAAAUAUCCAUCUAACCCGGCACCGUCCUCGGAUCGGCAAAGCAUGGGACGACGGGACGGUAAUAGAGGGGAGUAAAAGCUUGAAUGCCAAAAAGUCGAAAAAUAUAAUUUACAAACAAUGGACAGGAAUGUGUAUUUAUAACGUUUAAUUCCCAACUCUUCCCCACUCAACCCGAUUUCCUGCCUUUCCCCCCCGAUUAGUGAACAGACGAGUGCAGCAGCGCUACAUUCGUUAACAUCUGCUUUCCUUGAUGAAUGCGUGAUAAUGUGUGAACAUGCGCCAAACAUGAUGCAUGAUUUCAGCAGAAAAGACAAAACCUACGGACAAAUCCGUUCCCCCCUAUCGCUGUCGACGUACACAAAGGAUGUUAGUAUUAACACAAAGAACCCCCACACUCAUCAUUCCUUAGCACACUCAAGAAAGAGUGGGAAAGAUUACCGAAUGCAUGGUACAUAGAUGCAAGGAUUAGUUAAAGCAAAGCUCUAGCUCGAGCAUACGAUGCUGGAUGUACAUUUAUUGUGCCGAACACACUUAACGAGAAACACCUUACUAAGAGAGAAGCCCCUAGAAGAAGAAAAAAAAGUAAUAAAGACAGUUAGUGGAUAAUUUAGUGUUAAUAAUGAUAUCUCUUACCACAAAAUAGAGUAACUGGUACCGCGAGGAAAUGAAGGUAUGUGUCGAAGAAGAAUAGGAAACAAAAAACAAUAGAACAACAAAAUAGUAAAAAAAAAAACAUUUUACCCCACUUAUACUCGAAAGAGUUGUGUUCAGUUUAGUGUGUAGUAAAUGUAUAAAUAUAUCGGCGUAUUCAAUAGUGUAGUAUACUAGAGCCUUUAAGGGGGUACUUAAACGAAGCACCCAUUAACAUAACCUAGCAAGGGGUAGCACACUCAUGCAAGCCUGUAUCGAUGGCAACCCCUGUGGCUACUACGUUGUCUUCUCGUCCCUUCAUCUUACACGUUGCCGUUAGUUGUACGAUCUAGUUUAAGCCGUUCGUACAACAUAACCGCACGGUACACAUAUAUACACACACAUGCACACCAUUGUUCAUAGUAGACGUUAGUAAACGGUGUACAUAUAGAAGAAAUCGAUUGUUUGAAGAAACAAGGGCGCCGAUUGUGUAGAAAUGUAUUAUUUAAUAAAUGCUUUAUGAAUCAGAAACAAGACACAUAAAUCGUU